GAACAUUUUCGCAUUUUUCGCCGCGCGAGUGUUGUGGGUUUCAGCUGAUUGGUGCGGUUCGGUCUGCUGGUUAAAUUUUUGGUGACCGAAAGAAACAGACUCCCUGGAGGGCGGACUCAAAAAUGUCAGACGUUGUGAUCGAUUUAGUGAACGAUUCCGAAACGGAUGAUAUUAUAACGAUCGAUGAUCAGCCGGAAAAGGAUUGCAGUGACGAGGCGAUGGAAGCUAAAGAGGAGGAGGACAGUCCCAUGCUAAACGAAUCCAGCGAUGUGGAGUUUGUGGAAAUUAACAACCAAAUGCUUGCGGAGGAGAAGAAAAACGUCGGCAACGAUGAGUACAAAUCGAAGCGCUACGAAUCCGCCCUCCGGCUCUACUCCGAGGCCAUCACACUCUGCCCGCAAACGGCUGCUUACUAUGGUAACCGUUCCGCCUGCUACAUGAUGCUGGGAGACUACCGAUCCGCGCUGAAUGAUGUCAAGACGGCCAUCAGCAUCGAUGACAAGUACGAGAAGGGGUACAUAAGGAUGGCCAAGUGCUCGCUGGCGCUGGGUGAUGUCGUUGGCACGGAUCAAGCGAUCAGAAAGUUCCUCAGUCUGGAUCCUUCGAAUACGGCGUUGCGGGAAGAAAUCAGCAACCUGAAGCUUCUGCGCGAACAGAACGAGAAAGCCACCGCCUGCUACGACAAAAAGGAUUAUAGAACCUGUCUGUACCACUGCGACAGCGCACUCAAGAUAGCACCCGGAAGCGUACCGUGCAAGCUGCUGAAGGCCGAAUGUUUGGCGUUGCUCGAGCGGUUCGACGAGGCGUGCGAUAUUGCGAUCACGAUCAUGCAAGCGAACAGCACCAACGCCGAUGCGAUCUAUGUGCGUGGAUUGACGCUGUACUACAGCGACAAUCUCGAGAAAGGUUUGCUACACUUCGAGCGUGCUCUCAUGAUGGACCCGGACCAUAAAAAGGCAAAGUUGAUGCGCCAGAAGGCCAAGCAGCUGAAGGAGAAGAAGGAAUCCGGUAACGAGCUGUUCAAGACGGGCAAAUACCGGGAAGCGCUCGCAGUCUACUCGGAUGCAUUGACACUGGACGCGCAGAACAAGGACAUUAACAGUAAGCUCUACUACAAUCGUGCACUCGUCAACAUGAAGCUGGGAAAUCUACGCGAAGCCAUUACCGAUUGUACUAGUGCACUUUCACUGAACGAAAAAUAUCUCAAGGCACUGAUGCAAAGGGCAAAGCUGUACUAUAAUAUGGAAAACUUUGAAGAAUCGGUCAAGGACUACGAGACGGCCCUCAAGCUGAAUCGUACGAUAGAGCUGAAGAACUUGCUGAAGGAUGCUAAAUUGCAGCUGAAGAAGUCGAAGCGCAAGGACUACUAUAAAAUUCUCGGUGUACCGAAGAUGGCGUCGGAGGACGAGAUCAAGAAAGCGUACCGAAAGCGGGCACUGGUGCACCAUCCUGAUCGGCACGCGAACGCAACGGCGGAAGAAAAGCGAGAACAGGAACGCAAAUUCAAAGAGCUGGGCGAAGCGUACACCGUGCUGUCUGAUCCGGUGAAAAAAUCACGCUACGACAGUGGUCACGAUCUCGAGGAUUUUGGACACAGCGCCGACAUUGACCCGCAUCACAUCUACCGUCAGUUCAUGCCGUCCGAUUUCGGUUUCGGCUUCCCCGGUGGCAACUGUAGCAAUGGCUCCAACUUUACUUUCCAUUUCGGUUAAGGUGCACUUCAGCUGUUUGUUAGUGUUUUUAAGUUACAAUGUUGUACUACUACUACUAAUCGACAAACUGAGAUGCACAUACUAUCCUGUCCCGUCUUUAUUGUCCUGCUGUGCGACGUAAUUGAUCCCCGGGUUUUGUGGGUAAAGUACAUCAGGUUCUACUGGUUCUCUAGUUACUAAAAAUAGCGUAGCGUGCUUCCUAAUGGGUUCAUUUUUGUGAAGUUCGUCCCCAAGAACGAAGCAGGCUACAGGAAUUGUAGAUUUUUUUAAAAUACACUAAACACAAUUUUUUACGCUUAUUUCCAUUUGAUAUGCCCGUGGAUAGUCGCAAGAUGAUCUAGUUUACAAAGCGGUGCUAGUAAAUUUAUAACCGUGCUCCCUAUGCCAUGGAGCCUCUUUGAUUUAGUAGCAAGCGUCCCUUGCCCUUCCGGAGUAGAUUAUUCCAUCCUUUCCAACUAGAGGGCCGACAGGUAGAACGACAAAAGAAAGGUUACUUACAGCUACACCACCCAGAAGAAGUGCUCAAUCGCGCAUCAGCUUAGCUGCUAGCGAUUAGAGUCAGUAUUUUAUAACCCGGUCUGCUCAUUGUCGCGCGCUCAACAGCCUGCGAUAACAUUACGAUAACACGUUAACGGACUUUGGCGAAGCAAACAUCUUAUCUGCCAAUCCCUAUCACAUACAAGUGUGAUGGUAUAACAUUUCAUGAUAUAUGCUGUUUUACGGAGCGGGGAAAGUAAGGAAAGAAAAGCGGAUAGCUUGUAGUAAAUAAUCGUACCGUGAAAUUCCCCAUAUUUGCAAAAAUAUUUGUCAGAUAUCAUAAAAAAAAAAAACAAUGCAAAAAAACUACAGAUAAGAAUUUAAGACAGGAGAAUGGCAGGUUGCCACUAUUCACAAGUAAAUCACAAGUUUAGCGACAACACA